UUUCCGAAGCGCCCAAUUGGGGUGCGUUCUGCGGUCGUGAGCGGAGGCUCGGAGGGGCGUCUCGGCUUCCGGUUCGCGCGGCGGAAGUGACGCGGCCUAGCGCUUCGCGGAGCCGGUUCAGCAUGAGCUGGGCGCUUCGGCCGCCGACGGCGGGGGCCGUCUGGGCGCUGAGGCUGGCGCGCCCGCAUUCGCGGAGCCUGCACCGGACCGAGGACGACUCCGGCCGCCCCUUCAAGUUCUCCUCCAGCGGAGCACGCCCGGAGCGCUGGACAGUUGGACAGUCCCUGGGCAGCGAGCAGCAGCGGUCGUGGUGGCGGGUGCUGCCCUUUAGCCUGCCCCUCAUUCUGCUGGUGGCCUGGUGCUUCCUGCGCCAGGAGACGAGCUCCGAUCACUGGCUGAGUCGGGUGCUGGACGGGGAGGCGCCGGAGCCGGCCGGCCGCGGGCCCGGGUCGUAGCGGUCCCUCCGGGAAGGGGCGAAGGCCAUCGCGGCCCGCUCCUCCCGCCCUCCAGGACCCAGGGGCGGCCUGAGCCGCGCCCCGAACCAGCAGAUCGGCACCAGCGCCUCGACCCAGGCGGCACCUGCUGCCCUUCGAGCCCGUCCCGGGAACUCUCCGUAGAGGAGGUCGAGGUCACAGCGGUGCUGCUGGGUGUGCGGUUCCUGCUUUCAAAGCAAUUCUGGCGACUCUAGUGGCCCAGUGUCAUCCAAUAUCGGGCUUUUCUGGGACUGAAUAACUGACCGAAAACUUAA